AUCCCUAACCCCCUUUCAAACAUAUUGCACCAAAUCCCCUACCCUUCCUCCCCUCUGCUCGCUCUCUCUCUCUCUGUCUCAUCAUCAAAGAUGUCUCCGACAUUGCCGGAGUUUUCUAACUCCGUCAAGCUCAAGUAUGUAAAACUAGGCUACCAAUAUUUUGUCAACCACAUUACUAUUCUCUUCCUCAUACCCAUCAUCAUUGGAACUCUCAUUGAAGUGCAUCAUUUAGGACCACAUGAACUUCUAAACAUUUGGAGGUCACUUGACUUCAGUCUUAUUCAGAUCAUUUGUUCAUCUUUCCUCAUUCUCUACAUUGCCACCGUCUACCUCUUGACGAAGCGUGGCAGGACAAUAUACCUUGUCGACUACGCUUGUUUCAAGCCGCCAUGCACGAUGCGAGUCCCCUUCGCAACUGUCAUGGAACAUGCAAGAAUAGUUUUGAGGUCGCAGCCCAAAAGUGUUCAGUUCCAAAUGAGAAUACUCGAGCGGUCCGGCCUUGGAGAGGAGACGUGUGUACCACCUGCAAUACACUAUAUCCCACCAAACCCUACCAUGGAGGCUGCCAGAGAAGAAGCUGAACUGGUUAUAUUCUCUGCCAUGGAUUCACUUUUCAAGAAGACGGGACUUAAGCCGAAAGACAUCGAUAUUCUCAUUGUAAACUGCAGCCUAUUCUCGCCAACACCUUCUUUAUCGGCCAUGGUAAUCAACAAGUACAAGCUAAGAAGCAACAUAAAGAGCUUCAACCUAUCUGGAAUGGGUUGUAGUGCAGGAAUAAUAUCCGUUGAUUUAGCCCGUGACUUACUUCAAGUUCAUCCCAACUCAAAUGCUGUCGUUGUGAGCACAGAGAUCAUAACACCAAAUAUUUACUUGGGAAACCAAAGAUCAAUGCUUCUUCCAAACUGUUUGUUUCGAAUGGGCGGAGCUGCUCUUCUUUUAUCAAACCGGUGGUGUGACAGGAGGCGAGCCAAGUACAGCCUGGUUCAUGUGGUUCGAACCCACAAAGGAACUGAUGAUAAAGCUUACCGCUGCGUCUACCAAGAAGAAGACCCCCAAGGGCACGUAGGGAUAUCGCUCUCAAUCGAUCUCAUGGCAAUAGCUGGUGAGGCCUUGAAGUCAAAUAUCACCACCAUUGGGCCGCUUGUCCUUCCUGCAUCUGAGCAACUCUUGUUUCUUGCCAAACUCAUUGGCAGAAAGAUCUUUAACAAAAAAUGGAAGCCCUAUAUUCCAGACUUCAAACAGGCUUUCGAGCACUUCUGCAUCCACGCCGGAGGCCGUGCAGUCAUCGACGAGCUGCAGAAGAGCCUGCAGCUCUCGGCUGAGCAUGUGGAGGCAUCCAGGAUGACGCUGCACCGGUUUGGCAACACAUCAUCCUCAUCGCUUUGGUAUGAGAUGAGCUAUAUUGAGGCCAAGGGGAGGAUGAAGAAAGGUGACAGGAUUUGGCAGAUAGGGUUUGGGAGUGGUUUCAAGUGUAACAGUGCAGUGUGGAAGUGUAACAGAACUAUCAAGAAACCAACAGAUGGCCCAUGGGUAGAUUGCAUAGACAGGUACCCUGUUCAUAUUCCUGAAGUGGUCAAACUCUAGGGCAAAGAUUGGUCCUGUUCAUUUUGGAAAAUUUGCCUUUUAGUUGUUUCUAAAUCAGUGUGGUAAGGAUUUACUUUUGUGUUGCAAUUUAGUUAUCUUUCAUGUAUAUGUAGCAAGCAGUAUGUAUCACAAAUAUUCAUAUAUUUGGUUUGUGGUUUCCAGGUUGUCUGUCUACCGUAUAUUCAAAAAAACACAUGAAACUACUCUUGUAUAUACAUCUAGACCAUAAAUAUUCAAGGUGGUUUUUAUGUA